UCUUGCUAAGCUGAACGCAUUUGGCUCCGCUAGCUACCUUUUUUACUAACUAAUUAGCACCGUCAACCUGACCCUACAGUCAUGUCUAACUGCUUCUAUUUCAUGUGCUUUUCAUGGAAAAAGUAAUUGAGUAAACGUGGAGGGAAUAAUGCAAUAUUUAUACGACAGAUCUUCAGUGAGCGUUGGUGCCAAACAUCUCAGUGGCUCUUCCUGUUUUUAAAAAGAGGACGUUACUGAAUAUUUUCAAUCACUAUCUUCACUUAUUUCUAGCACUUCAAGCAAGGAAGAAGAGGGCGAAAGCAAAGAAGUCGAGCAAGAAACAGCCAGCCCACCCCAGGGGUGCAGCACCCCAGCAGCAGCCCCAGCCAGAGGCCUCUCCCCAGGAACCAGAUGAGCCUGAGGAGAUCUUAGGCUCUGAUGAUGAGGAGCAGGAGGAUCCCAAUGACUACUGCAAGGGUGGCUACCACCAUGUAAAGAUAGGAGACCUGUUCAAUGGGAGGUACCAUGUGAUCAGGAAGCUGGGCUGGGGACACUUCUCCACUGUGUGGCUGGCUUGGGACAUUCAGGUGAAGAGGUUUGUGGCUAUGAAGGUGGUGAAGAGUGCAGAGCAUUACACAGAGACGGCUGUAGAUGAGAUCAAACUGCUCAGAUCUGUGAGAAACACGGACCCUGACGAUCCCAAGAGGGAGAUGGUGGUUCAGCUACUGGAUGACUUCAAGAUCUCCGGCGUCAACGGGACUCAUGUGUGCAUGGUGUUUGAGGUGCUGGGGCACCACCUACUGAAGUGGAUCAUCAAGUCCAACUACCAGGGCCUUCCACUGCCCUGCGUCAAGACCAUCAUACGACAGGUUCUCCAGGGGUUGGACUACCUUCACACCAAGUGUGAGAUCAUCCACACUGACAUCAAGCCAGAGAACAUCCUGUUGACGGUGAAUGAGCCAUAUGUGAGGAGGCUGGCCGCGGAGGCUACAGAGUGGCAGAAAGCAGGGGCUCCCCCUCCCUCAGGGUCCGCAGUCAGCACAGCUCCAGCUCCAAAAGCAACGACCAAAAUGUCCAAGAACAAGAAGAAGAAAUUAAAGAAGAAGCAGAAGCGUCAGGCGGAGCUGUUGGAGAAGUGCAUUCUGGAUCUGGAGGAGAUGGAGAGGGAGGAGGAGGAGGAGGAGGAUGAUGAAGAGGAUCCGGAGUCUCCCGUAUCUCCCAAGCAGCAGCGGCCAUAUUGUGCUCCUCUCAGACAAGUCUCCUUACAGGAAGUAGCUAGCCAAGACACAGCAGGAUGCAUUGCGGGUGCGGAGGGGACGUGGUUAGGAACAGAAGGGAUAAUAACAGACGCAGACGUGAACUGUAACGGCCUUCAUCCUGAGGCAGAGGACAAUGAAACGGAGGAGAGGAAGGCACAGUGGAGAGAGCAAGACCAACACAACGGUAACGUAGACCAAACAGGGGAUUGUCCUCUUCUUCAGGAGUCUCCACCACCUCAACCCGUGUAUAACGGCCUGGUGUCCCCGGAUACCCCAGAGAGUGAGGAGGGGAGUGGAGCACCGACCAGGAAGGAGGCUGAAAUAAAGACUAAAGCAUCCGAGACUGAGACGAAAAGCUUUGGUGGCCGGGAGGAGCUAUCGUCAGAGGAGCAGAAGAAUCAGGAAAGGAGUCAAGUGGAGGCCACAGAGGAGGCGCUGGAGAACGUCCAGUAUGGAGGAGAACAGGAGAGUCUGAAGGAUGCCAAAUUAGCAGCGGGGAACCUCCUGGUGAACCCUCUGGAGCCACUCAACGCAGACAGACUGAAAGUUAAGAUAGCAGACCUGGGCAACGCCUGCUGGCUGCACAAGCACUUUACGGAAGACAUCCAGACGAGACAGUACCGUUCUCUAGAGGUGCUCAUAGGGUCUGGCUACAACACACCAGCUGACAUAUGGAGUACAGCCUGCAUGGCGUUUGAGCUGGCCACUGGGGACUACUUGUUUGAGCCUCAUUCCGGGGAAGAUUACUCCAGGGACGAAGACCAUAUCGCAUUGAUCAUCGAGCUGCUGGGGCAAGUCCCACACAAACUCGUAACAGCUGGGAGAUAUUCCAAGGAUUUUUUCACCAAGAAAGGGGACCUGAAGCACAUCACCAAGCUGAAGCCGUGGGGGUUACUAGAGGUGCUGCAGGAUAAGUACGAGUGGUCCAAAGAGGAGGCUGAUUGUUUCGCUGACUUCCUCCUCCCCAUGCUGGAGCUGGUACCAGAGAAGAGGGCCACGGCUGCAGACUGCCUGCGCCACCCCUGGAUCGCCCCCCAGUGACGGCCCCCCAGUACUGCAAUGCAAAACACCUAGGGCCUGUUCAGUCGGCAAACGUUUUUGAAUGUUGCAGCUAAUUCGAAUGACUGGAGCUGACUUAACUCAUUUUUCUACUUGUCAUUGAGGCAUGUUUGUUCUCCGUUAAGGAGUUCUAUCUGAACGUUCCAUAACGUUUUGCCCUGCUGAAUGCGGCCCGGCCUGGUUUGCCCCUGAUGAAACCUUCCAACCACUGUAAUGUAAAACCCUGGGGCUAUGUUCAGGAGUAUGUAACCUCCAGUAAGCCCAACUCCGGUCCUCCAGUAAGCCCAACUCCGGUCCUCCAGUAAGCCCAACUCCGGUCCUCCAGUAAGCCCAACUCCGGUCCUCCAGUAAGCCCUACAGCAGCCUUUUGUUGUAGACCUGGACAAACACACCUGAUACAGCUCAUUGAGGACCUGAUGAAUAGUUGAAUCAGGUGUGCUUAUCUGAGAAUGUGUACUGUUGUGGAGUUAGGAAAUACUGUGGGAAAUGACUCCAAAUGUGAAAGUAUCGUUUCACAUCCCUGAAUUACAUCCCUAGAUGUAUACUCUCUAGUGGAGGCAUCUGGCCACUGGGAUGCAAAUUAAACCUCUUACAAGAGACUUGUUGCAACAGAUCACUUUCCAAUUGGAUCAUCUGAGAUGGCUAUUUAUUUGGGGUUUGUAUUCUUACAUUUUGUUCUUAUUGUCAUCAUCAAGGACUCUUUGUCUUUUAAAAAAAAUAUUUGUUUCUUCUUUUUUCUUUUUGUACUGAUGUUUAAGAAGCUAGUAGACAACACUGACCAUAUAAACCAAUCAUUUUGAUGGUCCACAAUUCUGUGCUCUGUACACUUCUCACCCAUGUACACUAUAAAUACAAAGUAUGUGGACACCCCUUCAAAAUUAGUGGAUUUGGCUAUUUCAGCCACACCUGAUGCUGACCGGUGUAUAAAAUCGAGCAUGCAGCCAUGCAAUCUCCAUAGACAAACAUUGGCAGUAGAUUGAAUGGCCUUACUGAAGAGCUCAGUGACUUUCAACGUGGCACCGUCAUAGGAUGCCAUCUUUCCAAAAAGUCAUUUUGUCAAAUUUCUGCCCUGCUAGAGGUGCCACGGUCAGCUGUAAAUGCUGUUGUUGUGGAAACGUCUUGGAGCAACAACGGCUCAGCCGCGAAAUGGUAGGCCAGACAAACUCACAGAACGGGACCACAGAGUGCUUGAAGCACAUUUAAAAUCAUCUCCUUGGUUGCAACACUCACUACCGAGUUCCAAACUACCUCUGGAAGCAACGUCAACUCCAUAUUAAUGGUUUUGGAAUGAGAUGUUCGUUGAGUGGGUGUCCACAUACUUUUGGUUAUGUAGUGUAAGGUAACUUGUGAUUCCCACCACCAUCUUGCUUUGUUCUACCCCAGCACAAGACCUGGAGCAGAACACGAUCAAGGAACCGUAGUCACUAGUGCCCUCCACCACUUUUCUCUGUCAUAUAACUUGAUACCACUUGGUUUUUCCUCUGAUAAAGUCUAAGAGUACGAAUGUGUUACACCUUCACCCAUAAGGCAUUUUGUUUUGUAUUAGGAAGUUGCACAUAGGGCAAACGAACAUGAACAAACGGGUAGGUUGCACUCCACUCUCUCUCUUUUCUGACUGAAUAAUUUCUAGUUCUCCACAGGAAAUUCAUUUAGAGGACUGUCUAGCUGUUUAGAUCAGUAAAAUCCAUACCACCUUUUUUGUACAGAAUCUGUUAUUGUUCUACCUUGUCAUUGAUUCAUUCUCAUUGGAUAAGAGACUGGUUUUCUCAUGUUUUGUGGGUUUCAUUAAGUAAUAUUAUGUUCAUAAGAGCCCCCCCCCAUCCAAAAUGAGACAUUUUCAAAAAAAUAAAAUUGUCUGUGUAUAUACCUGUA